AUGGCAUCGAGGUUUGAAAAGGAGCUUGAGUUUGUACAGCUGCUUUGCAAUCCCGAAUAUUUAAGAUGGUUGCAUAAUGAAGGAUACUUUGAGUCGAAUGAAUUCAGACGGUACCUGAAGUACUUGGAGUACUGGAAGUCGCCCAGAUACUCCAGGUUUCUUGUGUAUCCGCAAUGUCUGGUGAUUUUGGGGUAUCUCAAUCGAAGUGACGUUGAAGAUGUGCUUGCAAGUGGGUUUCUACAGCAUCUUGGAGAGCAACAGCACUUUCUCUGGUUGAACAGACACAAGGAGGAUUGGAAUAAAAACUAA